ACGCCCCCUUCUCUAGGCUCCGCCCUCCGGCUUCGGCAAAGUUCUGCUGCCGGCUGGAGUAGGGAUUUAUUGUGCUACAAUGAACUUCUUGCGGCGAGGCGUCCUAAGGGGAAUCGCCAUCAGAUCCGCGGCUUCUGCUGUCCCGGCCCGGAGCGGCUGCCCGUUCUACAGUAGCGCAGUGGCGGGGGUGUGUGAGCGCACACUCAUUGCCGUAAAGCCGGAUGGGGUCCAACGAAAACUGGUCGGCGAAAUCAUCAAGCGAUUCGAGCAGCGUGGCUUUACACUAGUGGGACUGAAAUUGUUGCAGGCCUCAGAGGGAAUUCUAGCAGAACAUUACCAUGACCUACGCAGAAAGCCUUUCUAUCCUGCUCUUCUCCGAUACAUGGCCUCUGGGCCCGUGGUAGCCAUGGUGUGGGAGGGACACAACGUGGUACGGACCUCUCGUGCAAUGGUGGGAGAUACAGACUCUUCCCAGGCCAAACCUGGCACUAUCCGUGGGGACUUCAGUGUGCAUAUUAGCAGGAACGUGAUCCAUGCCAGUGACUCGGUGGAAGUGGCCGAGCGAGAGAUCAGCCUGUGGUUUCACAGCGGGGAGCUGAUCAGCUGGGAGACCUCUGACCAAAGUCACUUGUACCAAGUUUGAUGCUGCUCUGAGCCCCCCCCCCAGUCCAGGACACUGAGCCCCGCCAUCCAGUGCGAUGAAUCCUGCUGGGGGGCCAAGCCCAUUUGUAACUUCAAUAUAGGAAGGAGUGUUAUUAACCUAUACCUGAGUUUACUAAUGAGUCCAGUACCAGUCUGGUGCCAAGAUGCCACUCUCAGGAUUACGUACAAGGACUUUAAUAGUUUUAUUACAAUGCUACGAUAGGUCACGUAAAGGAAUCCCCUCCUGGCUGUUUCCCGUCCUAUCCACCAGACGCUGGCUGGGCCCAGCAGACUUAAUAUUGUAUUUCACAGAUAUCGUUUCUUUUUGAGCCAAUGCCAGCUCUUCAUUUAGGCAUAAUAAAGUGAUAUUUGUACUUAAGGCACCCCAUGGAUUGAUAUGAACACCCAGCCAACUGUGUGCAGAGGUUAGGGAACAACAUCUCCAACAUCUUAUAUUGAUGGGAGUUUAAUUCUGUAUUACUGGUGCCUAUAUUUUGUUUUGUGACUUAAAGGGGUGGUUUGCCUUUUAAGUUAACUUUUAUGCUAUAGAAUGUCCUAUUCCUUGCAACUUUUUUUUUUAAUUAUUUGCCUUUACCUUCUGUCUCUUUCCAGCUUUCAAACGCGGGUCCCUGACCCUGGCAGCCAACAAACGUUUGCUCUAUGAGGCUACAAUUUUACUGUUAUUAUUGCUUUUUAUUAUUUAUCAUUGUGUUCAGCCCCUUUGCUAUUCAUAUUACUCUAUCAUUCAAACCAAUGCCUGGUUGCUAGAGUAAAUAAGACACUAGCAACCAGAUAGCUGCUGAACAAAAAUCUAGAUAAUUGAAAAAACACAAAAAAGAUCAAAUCUGAAGACAAAUUGUCUUAAAUAAUCAGUCUACAUCAUACUUAAAGUUAAUAUAAAGGUGAACCACCCCUAAUAGAUGUUUUAGAGGAGUAUUAGACCUGUAUAGCUGCCAGUGGGCUCUACAAUUGUUGCUGGGCAUUCAUAGGAUUUGCUGUUAACGUCAGUAACACACGGACUGUUCCUUCCUCUUUU